AUGAAAACAAGCUCCUUCAUCCAAUUCGUCGUAGGGAUCAUCUGCCUUCUCCAAUUUACAUGGGGGCAUUCGUUCAUUUUGGCUAUUGAUGGAGGGAACAGACGUCGAUCCACGGGAUUCGGUACUCGAUUGACAUCCCGAGGAAACCUAGUCCAGAACACGGGCAUCAUCUUACAAAAGGAAAUCACAUCGGGGGCUACGACACCCUGCGGAAGGAUAUUCGGCGGUGAUGGGUUAAAGCCUUUUGUGAUCGAUGUUGCGCAAGAGUUGGCCUUUGCUGAAGAAGAUGGAGUUCCAUCGGCAACGGAGGAUGGUUCUAUUUCUAUGAGCGUCUAUGUUCAUAACCCAGAUGGUGGGGGCCCCUACACCUGCGAGUAUUCUUCCGAUGCUACGCUUCAGCAGCUCCAGCCCAUGGUAAUUACAACCCAGAUUGAAGGAGACAAAGGGACCAACCCGGCUGCCAAAGACUUCGCAUAUCCCCUAGUGGCAAACCUACCCAAUGACGCGAUUUGCAGGGGCGGUACGAGAGGGGACACAUGUAUAAUGCGCUGCAUCAAUUCCUUGGGGUUUGGCUCCUGCGCUGCCAUCAAACCCUUUUCACCACCCAAUCAACCCGGAAUGCCAAUGAUGAACCAGUUCAGAAGGCGAUCCAUGAUUCUGGGUGGACUGUGGGGACAAUGA